AUGACGACCGAGGAGUGUCCCGUGCCGCUUGGCGUGAGCCAGGUGGGGGCGGGGCUAUGCGAGGACUUCGGCCCUUCCCAAGGGGAUGACAUCAUCGAAGAGGUGGGGCCGUGCGAUGAUACAGGCAGCGACCUCAGCACUCUGGUCGUGCCAUUCCCCGAGUUGGCGCCUGUGGUUUUCUUCUGCCUCAAACAGACCACCUGCCCACGCAACUGGUGCAUUCGCAUGGUGUCAAGCCCGUGGUUCGAGCGCAUCAGUAUAAUGGUGAUCCUGCUGAACUGCGUCACUCUGGGGAUGUACCAGCCUUGCGAGAACAUCGACUGCACUUCAGAGCGCUGUCAGGUCCUACAGGCAUUUGAUGCAUUUAUCUACAUUUUCUUUGCACUUGAGAUGGUGGUGAAGAUGGUGGCUCUGGGGAUCUUUGGUCGUCGCUGCUAUCUUGGCGAUACUUGGAACAGGCUGGACUUUUUCAUCGUGAUGGCAGGGAUGGUGGAAUACUCCCUUGAUCUCCAGAACAUCAACUUCUCCGCCAUCAGAACAGUGCGUGUGCUUAGACCUCUCAAAGCCAUCAACAGAGUACCUAGUAUGCGCAUCCUGGUGAACCUGCUGCUGGACACUCUGCCCAUGCUGGGAAAUGUGCUCCUGCUCUGUUUCUUUGUGUUCUUCAUUUUUGGCAUCAUUGGUGUACAGCUGUGGGCUGGACUCCUAAGAAAUCGGUGUUACCCAGAGGAGAACUUCACCCUCACAUCUGGCCUCACCCUUCCCACACCAUAUUAUCAGCCUGAGGAGGAUGACGAGCGGCCCUUCAUCUGCUCGUUGGCUCAAGAUAACGGUAUCAUGUCCUGCAGCGAUGUGCCUGCUCGGAGAGAGGGCGGACGGGAGUGCUGUCUGGAUAAAGAGGACGCACUUCACCGACAGGCUCUGGGUCUGAGCGCCGAGCCGCUGGUCAACGGCAGCGCAUCUGCCAUGGGCCUCUGUGUGAACUGGAAUCAGUACUACACCCGCUGCCACACUGGACACACCAAUCCUCAUAAAGGAGCAAUUAAUUUCGACAACAUAGGAUACGCAUGGAUCGUCAUAUUUCAGGUGAUCACGUUGGAGGGCUGGGUGGAAAUCAUGUACUACGUCAUGGACGCACAUUCCUUCUACAACUUCAUCUAUUUUAUAUUCCUCAUCAUCAUUGGAUCUUUCUUCAUGAUUAAUCUGUGCCUGGUGGUCAUUGCCACUCAGUUUUCGGAGACCAAACAGCGAGAGCACCAGCUGAUGCAAGAGCAACGUGCUCGCUACCUGUCCUCCAGCACGCUGGCUUCACUCGCUGAGCCCGGAGACUGUUACGAGGAGCUCUUCCAACUGGUCUGCCAUAUCCUGCGCAAAGCCCGCCGCCGCUCUGCUGCCCUUUAUUACAUGCUCCGUGGCAAAGCCCCUCCUCCUGGAGGUGGGAGGGGGCGUGGCAAAGGAGGAGCAGGAUCGAUAGGAGGAGGAGCCAAUGUUAACGGAGGAGAGAAACAUCACUGCCAUUCAGCUCAAACACCUCACUGUAUUCACGAAACCAAGUUGGACCACAGCUCGGAGAAUGCAGUCUCCCUCUCCAUCAGUCCAAACCCAGAGGAGUGUCCACAGUGUGCUGCAGCCCUGUCUCUCAAAGAGGGGGAGGAGUCAACGGGGCAUUCGGCCAAUGGGGAGGAAGAGGAGGGUGCGCUGGAGGAAACUGACAGGGAUGGGAACCGCUUAGACGAGAAGAGGAGCAGCGACUCUGAUGACACACUAAAGAAGAAACGCACCUGUUUGGGGAAAUGUAAAGACGUCUGGGACGAAAUAAGAGUGAAACUUUGGGGCAUCGUUGAAAGCAAGUACUUCAACAGAGGGAUUAUGAUCGCCAUCCUCAUCAAUACAAUCAGCAUGGGCAUCGAGCACCAUAACCAGCCUGAUGAACUGACUAAUGUCCUGGAGAUCUGUAACAUAGUGUUCACCAGUAUGUUUACUCUGGAGAUGAUCCUUAAACUCACUGCCUUUGGCUUCUUUGAAUAUCUGAGAAACCCCUACAACAUCUUUGACGGCAUCAUUGUGAUCAUCAGUGUAUGUGAGAUCAUUGGUCAGUCUGACGGAGGUCUGUCAGUCCUGAGGACGUUCAGAUUGCUGAGGGUCAUAAAGCUGGUGCGGUUCAUGCCAGCUCUGCGCAGGCAGCUGGUGGUCCUGAUGAAGACCAUGGACAACGUGGCCACCUUCUGCAUGCUGCUAAUGCUCUUUAUCUUCAUAUUCAGUAUUCUGGGAAUGCACAUAUUUGGCUGCAAGUUCAGCCUGAAGACAGAGGCUGGGGACACCGUACCUGACAGGAAGAACUUUGACUCUCUGCUUUGGGCCAUUGUCACAGUGUUUCAGAUCUUAACUCAAGAGGACUGGAACAUGGUUCUGUAUAACGGCAUGGCCUCCACCUCGCCUCUGGCGGCCCUGUAUUUCGUCGCGCUCAUGACUUUUGGAAACUAUGUUCUAUUCAAUCUGCUUGUGGCCAUCUUAGUUGAAGGAUUUCAGGCUGAGGGCGAUGCUAACCGUUCCUACUCGGAUGACGACAGAUCAUCUUGUAAUUUAGAAGAAACUGAGAAAAAGGACUCUCUCCAGCUGUCAGAUCCCAAGAUUUCCACGUUGACCCCUAACGGGCAUCUGGAUUUAGCACCUGCACCCAAUGCUAGGGGCUUUUACCCAUCUGAAAGGCUGAGCUUUGCCCUGGGUUCGCGCAAGAGCAGCGUUAGCUCUCUGGGCAGGGCUAGCCUGGAGCAAACCACGCUGUGUCCAGGACGAGCUUCUCUGUACCACAACUGGGGACGACCCGCACGACCAGGAAUAUGGAGCCGCAGGUCCAGUUGGAACAGCUUGGGACGGUCCUCCAGAUGUUUGGGGAUGGGGGGCGGAGGCAGUUUACGAGUCCGUAGCCCUCACUGUCAUCCUGCUGAGCAGGAAUCCCUGCUGUCUCCUCCGCCUCUCCAUCCGCCUCUGCUCCCCAGACACUUUCCCCCUCGCAGGGAACGUAGGGCUCUGUCUCUGGAGCUCCCAGAGCUCCUACAGGUGCCAGGACCACCCCUGCCUCCUCUGCACCCCCGCCAGCGCAAGAAGAGCUUCUCUGGGGGUCUGGGAAGCGUUGGAGAGCACCAGGAUUGUAAUGGGAAAACACCAUCAGUCCAACCACAAAUCAUCAAUGAAGUCUACCCUCAGGUCAACACACGCAAGGACAGAGAGGAUCUGGAGGAUGAGCUGGACUAUAGUCUGUGUUUCCGGAUCCAGAAGAUGAUGGAGGUGUACAGACCGGACUGGUGUGAGACCAGGGAAGACUGGUCCGUCUUCCUCUUCUCUCCUCAAAACAAGUUCAGGUUGUUGUGUCAGUCCAUCAUAGCCCACAAGCUCUUUGACUAUGUGGUGCUGGCCUUCAUCUUCUCAAACUGCAUCACUGUGGCUCUGGAGAGACCCAAGAUCCUUCAGGGUAGCCUGGAGAGGCUUUUCCUCACCGUGUCCAAUUACAUUUUCACAGCCAUAUUUGUGGGGGAGAUGACGCUCAAGGUGGUGUCUAUGGGGUUGUAUCUUGGAGAGCAGGCUUACUUACGCAGCAGCUGGAAUAUUUUGGAUGGUUUCCUGGUGUUUGUGUCUUUGAUUGAUAUCGUGGUGUCAAUGGCAGGCGGGGCUAAGAUCCUGGGGGUGCUCAGGGUCCUCAGGCUUCUUCGCACACUGCGCCCCCUCAGGGUUAUCAGUCGAGCUCCUGGUCUCAAACUAGUCGUGGAGACUUUGAUCACCUCUCUCAAGCCUAUUGGAAACAUAGUUCUCAUCUGCUGUGCCUUUUUCAUUAUUUUUGGGAUCCUGGGAGUCCAGCUUUUCAAAGGCAAGUUCUACUACUGCUUGGGCCUGGAUGUCAAAAACAUCACCAACAAGUCUGACUGCCUCUUGGCCAAUUAUAAGUGGGUCCAUCACAAGUACAACUUUGACAACUUGGGGCAGGCUCUGAUGUCCUUGUUUGUACUGGCUUCGAAGGACGGUUGGGUCAAUAUCAUGUAUCAUGGUCUGGAUGCUGUGGCAGUGGACCAACAGCCCAUAACCAACAACAACCCCUGGAUGCUGCUGUACUUCAUCUCGUUCCUCUUGAUCGUCAGCUUCUUUGUGCUAAACAUGUUCGUUGGAGUGGUGGUCGAGAACUUCCAUAAAUGCCGACAGCAUCAGGAGGUAGAGGAGGCCAAGAGGAGGGAGGAGAAGAGACAGAGACGCAUGGAGAAAAAGAGACGGAAGGCCCAGAAGUUGCCCUAUUAUGCCAGUUAUAGUCAUGUACGGCUGAUGAUCCACACCCUGUGCACCAGUCACUACCUGGACAUCUUCAUCACCUUCAUCAUCUGUGUGAACGUCGUCACUAUGUCACUGGAGCACUACAGCCAGCCUCAUUCUCUGGAGAUCGCACUGAAGUACUGUAAUUAUUUCUUCACCAGCACCUUUGUGCUUGAGGCUGUCCUGAAGCUCAUCGCGUUUGGCUUCCGACGUUUCUUCAAAGACAGGUGGAACCAGCUGGAUUUGGCGAUCGUACUGCUUUCUGUCAUGGGCAUCACGCUGGAGGAGAUUGAGAUCAGUGCAGCUCUGCCUAUCAACCCCACCAUAAUACGUAUCAUGAGGGUCCUACGCAUCGCACGUGUGUUAAAGCUGUUAAAGAUGGCCACGGGAAUGAGAGCGCUGCUGGAUACAGUAGUUCAAGCCCUGCCACAGGUGGGGAACCUUGGCCUCCUCUUCAUGCUGCUGUUCUUCAUUUAUGCUGCACUGGGGGUGGAAUUGUUCGGAGAGCUUGUGUGCAAUGAGGAUUACCCAUGUGAAGGCAUGAGUCGUCACGCCACCUUUGAGAACUUUGGCAUGGCAUUCCUCACCCUCUUCCAGGUCUCCACUGGUGAUAACUGGAAUGGCAUUAUGAAGGACACUCUCCGUGAAUGCCCGCCAGGCGAGUACACCUGUAAUCCCAGCCUACAAUUCAUCUCCCCGCUGUACUUUGUGAGCUUUGUGCUCACGGCCCAGUUUGUCCUCAUCAAUGUGGUGGUGGCUGUGCUGAUGAAACACCUGGACGACUCCAACAAAGAGGCCCAGGAGGAGGCAGAGAUGGAUGCCGAGAUUGAAAUGGAGCUGGCCCAGGGAACGCUCUGCUGCAUCGGCGGAGGGGGUGCCGUAGCCGACAGGACCGGCAUGGGGCAUCAAGGGGCUGCAUCCUGCUCCGCUGUUCCCCCUCACUCCCCAAUCACACACCCAGUGGCCCACGAGCCCAACAGCACCAGGAGACUCUACUCACCGGCGCAGGAGAACUUGUGGCUGGACAGUGUAUCUCUACUCAUCAAAGAUUCAUUUGAAGGAGAGAUGCUGAUGAUUGACAACCUCUCUGGCUCCGUCUUCCAUCAUUACUCCUCUCCUCCUGUCUGCAAGGACUGCAGGACUCAUCCACAAGAGAUCCACAUGGCUGAACUGGAGCAGGCGUCUUUGAGGUCGGAGCAGCUCUCAGAUAAGUCAUCCUCGCCAGCGCUGCCCGAUGACCUCAGCCUGGACGAGCAGAGCGUCUACCAGAUGGCUGCCAAAGAGGGCAAGGAGAGAGUCUGUGAUGAGUGCCUGCAUUCAGAAGAGCCAGGAGGGAGGGGAAACAGCAGGUUACGGCGAUCCUCUCGCGUCCACAGCUCUGGGACAGAGGAUGGAGGAACUUGUCAAAGUCCACAUCACAACACACCUGCUCGACACAGCAUAGGUGGCGUUCCCUGUAGCAGCAGUAGUCAAGAGCACCCAGGGGUUUCUGGAGGUUCGAGCCGCUCUAACACCCCCGUUUGUCUCCCUGCUGAAUUCUUCCACCCAGCUGCUGCGGCUCUGCCCGCACCUCCGAGAGGCCGAACGGGACACAAACCAAGAGGCCUUCGGCUAACUUCACCAGCCUCAUGGGCUUCUCUGCGCUCUCCUGGAGCAAACACCAGGCUACUCACCACACAGUACCCAUCUCACAGUGACUCCUCUCUGGCUACGGGCAGCUCAGAGGGCAGCCUACCGACUACCAUGGAAGAAGGGCUCAGUUUCAUCGUAUCAACGCCCCAGCCCCUUCUGGACACACUUGUCGACGAGCGCACCAGCCUAUCCACAGAGACCCUAAGACCCAGUCCUCCAGCCACACACAUCCUCCAAACCACUAGGGGGCACCAGCGCAGCAGGAGCAGCUGUGAAACGGACAUCAAUACGGAAAGCAUUCGACAAGGCUCCGACCAGACAUGCGACAGCCAGCAGCUCUCAGAGACGCAGAGCAGCCUGUCGCUCACGUCGCUACUUCUACCAAGCUCUCUAGUGCCCCUGUCUGCGAAAAAGUGCAACAGCACGGGCAGCUUAGACCAGGGGACUCUCACAGCCCAAGAAAAAGCGUUCACAAAACAGCCACACGGUAAUAUCACCAGCCCCUGGAAAGAGAGGAAGGAGAGGCAGUCGGAGGCAGCACAUGGAACAGAUGGGGAAAGUACAAGCCAAAUAACAAUUGCGGGCUCUAGGAAAAAUAGAUGA